UGUAAAAUUAAAUUUAUUUGUCACACUGUUUGUAAAAUUGGGAGAAAAUGAACCAGACUUGAGGUCUAAAUGAUAAUUAUUGUGUUUUAUGAAUAUGGAUGAACAAAGUGUUAAAGUGAAUGAGUCUAGAAUAUUGUAAUAAGAUAUAUUCACGUGGUUUCAGAUACAACUAAGUGACUAAUUACAAUUAGCUACACGAAACAUAUAUUAAAAUACAUAACUCAAAAUCCAGCUCCAAACCAUGCAACCUAUGUUCAUCCAUGAACAUGCAUGAUCCGCAACACUCCCCUUCAAACGGAGGCAUGAAGAGGUGGAAAUUGUAAUAGAUUAAUUUUUAUUUGUCACAUAGAAUAACUAUUUAACGCUCAAUUAUCAAAGUCGAUUGUCACAUCAGCAAAAGUUAACGGAGACUAACGGAGGACAACCAAACUUGAACUGUUGAACUAAUCUCAGUGACUACGGAUAAAAUAGAUUAAUUUUACUUGCAAAACCUUAUUUCAUUAAAAAAAAAUGAUAAAGCGUUUGGGCCAAGAUCCAUGAAAGGAAAGAUAGUCUAGCCCAAAGAUGAAAAACCACAGAACUCAAAUACAAAGAAACAUCAGUAACAGAGAAACGAAGCCCACAACCCCAAAGAAACCCAAGGCACCAGGCCCAGCUCCAAGUCCUAUCCCAAGACUUCCACGAGCCCACGACUCACUACGGUUGGCGUAUUGAAGAAGCAGAUCUAGAACGUGCGCGAGUAAUAACUUCCGUCUCCCGCAUCCUUCGGCUAGUGGGGGGGAUCCAAAUGUGAUUGCAGGAAAAUAUGAUGACCUCCGUUGUAAAUAUUCUGCAUUCCAAAUAAACCGAAGCCUUUCUAGUUUCCCUCUCAGAAAACCAGUUAAAUUCGAAAUGGCGCCCCAAUUUCUCUCUCUUCUAGGGUUUUCUUCUUGAUUUUUCCCCCCCAGAAUUCAGAACCCAAUCCAACAAACCGUCCGCGUUCCCCUUUCUCUUCCCCUUCUCCAUCGAUUGCCCAGUGGCUGGAUCUUGCUCUUGCCCUCUCGCCAUCUCGACUUCGAAACACCCGAUUUCACUUCUUGAUUCCUGUCUUCCCCGUUUCUUUUCGUUUGGCUUUUGUGCUGCUAGGAUAGAGAGUGUUACUGCUCCCGCAAUGGCGGAUCUAACGCAAGGCGCCAUCGCCCUUAUUGCCGGAGGCGCUACUUCGGGCGAACUGCAGCCGACCUUGCAAGUGACGGAGCUGAAGAAGGUCCAGGCGAAACAGCAGCAGCCGCCGCAGCAGCAGCACGGCGACCGGUUCAGGCUUCUGCUGUCGGAUGGUUCGCACUUGCAGCAGGCCAUGCUGGGCACGCAGCUUAACCACUUGGUGCAAAAUGGGAACUUGCGAGCUGGUUCGAUAGUCCACAUGAAACAGUACUCUUGCUCGGUCAUCCAAAAUAGAAUGAUUAUUAUUAUACUUGAAUUGGAUGUUUUGCUUCAAGAAUGCCCUCUGAUUGGCAAACCCUCAUUGCUCAAGUCGUCAGGGACACCAGAUCCACCAAAUCCACCCCUUGCUGGUCCGGCAGUUACAAACCCGAAUCCACCUGCAAACUCGGUGCAAUAUCCUAGGCUUAAUCAACCAAACAGUGGUUCUUAUACUACGGGUUAUGAUUCCGCGAGAAAUGCUGGUGGUACCACUGUGUCUUCUUUUGGUAUGAAGUCUGAAACUGGUGUUACAUCGCUAGGAUCAUUGUCAUCAGGAAUGCCAUAUGCUAACCAGUCUGCAGCCUUCCGCAACUCCAGGCAGGAAGGAACUGGGGUUCCUCCAGGUGGUUAUUCUAAUAUGUCUAAACCAGCAUAUCAGCAACCGCCUCCAAUGUACAGCAACAGGGGACCAGUGGCAAGGAAUGAAGCUCCCGCGAGGAUCAUUCCAAUUUCUGCUUUGAAUCCAUACCAGGGAAGGUGGACAAUUAAAGCUAGGGUGACUGCAAAAGCAGAAAUGAGGCAUUAUAACAAUCCUCGCGGUGACGGGAAAGUAUUCUCCUUUGAUCUUCUUGAUUCUGAUGGAGGUGAAAUUAGAGUAACCUGCUUUAAUGCUGUUGCUGAUCAGUUCUACUCCCAGAUUGAAGUUGGCAGGGUGUAUUUGAUUUCCAAAGGGACCUUAAAACCUGCCCAAAAGAACUUCAAUCACCUUCAUCACGAUCUAGAGAUUUCAUUGGAUAAUGGCUCAACCGUUCAGCAAUGUUAUGAUGAUGACAACUCAAUCCCGAGGCAGCAGUUUCAUUUUCGUCCAAUAAGUGAGGUCGAGGGGAUGGAUAACAACAGUGUUGUGGAUAUAAUUGGCAUUGUGUCUUCUGUUAGUCCAGCAACCUCGAUAAUGAGAAAAAAUGGCACUGAAACUCAGAAGAGAAGUAUACAGCUGAAAGACAUGUCUGGCCGUAGUGUUGAAUUGACCUUGUGGGGAAACUUUUGCGGUGCAGAAGGACAGGAACUGCAAAAUAUGUGCGAGGCAGGUCACUUCCCUGUUCUGGCAGUCAAAUCUGGCAGGGUUAAUGACUUUAGUGGCAAGGCUGUGGGUACUAUUUCUACAAGUCAGCUACUUAUCGAGCCUGAUUUUGCGGAAGCUCAAAAUCUGAAACAAUGGUUUGACAGGGAUGGGAAAAAUACCCCUUCUAUCUCUAUUUCCAGGGAAUGGUCUGGUGCAGGAAGGACUGAUGUUGUGAAGACUAUCUCUCAAAUCAAAGAUGAGAAGCUUGGGACUUCAGAAAAACCAGAUUGGAUUAGUGUCAAUGCGACUGUCGUAUUCAUAAAGCAGGAUAAUUUUUGCUACACAGCUUGCCCUCUAAUGCUUGGGGACCGACAGUGUAACAAGAAGGUUACAAACAAUGGCGAUGGGAGGUGGCGGUGUGACCGAUGUGAUAAAUCUGUUGAUGAAUGUGAUUAUAGGUACAUACUUUCGCUCCAGAUACAAGACCACACGGGCUCAACAUGGGUAACUGCUUUCCAGGAAUCAGCUGAGGAGCUGAUGGGAAUAUCCGCUAAAGACCUCUACUUUAUGAAGUUUGAGAAACAAGAUGACGAUGGGUUUUCGAAAGUUCUUCGUCAAGUUAUGUUUGUCAGAUAUAUAUUCAAGCUGAAAGUGAAAGAGGAAACAUUCAGUGACGAGCAGCGAGUGAAGUCUACUCUUGUCAAGGCAGAUAAUGUAAACUAUGGAUCCCUAUCCAAAACCUUUCUGAGUUUGAUGGAAAACUUAAAAUCUGGGAACCUGACUGCUUCAGUCCCCAAGGUAGAAAGUAGUUACACAAAUUCUGUGCAGAGUUCUCCUGGAAAGGGGAAUUUCGGAAGUGGGCAAACAGGAUCGAGUUCAAUGGGCUUGCCGGCCAAUCAAGCAGGUCAGUACAGUAACCAAUACAACUCAAGGGUUCCUACACCAACUGCAUCUGGGGGACCAGUCUUGUGUGACAUCUGUGGAGGCACAGGCCAUGUCGCUUCCAAUUGCCCUAGAACCUUCACAAAUCCUCAACAGCCUGUACGAGGGGCCUAUGUCAAUAGAACAUUGUAUGGAGCUGGUGCAGGUGGCGCCGGUGGCGGUGGCAGCGGCGGUGGAGGCGGAAGCGAAUGCUAUAAGUGCCACCAGUUUGGGCACUUUGCUAGAGACUGUCCAGGGUCAGCCACUGGUCCUCAAUCGCAUGGUAACAGGUACGGUGGCGGUUAUGCAAACCAACAGAUUGGUGGCUUCUGAACCCUCAAUUACAAGCCAGCCAGCUGAAUUAACUAGCAAGUAGUUCAUAGAAAUAGAGGCGCCAAGUUACCAGUAAGCCGUCAUCCUGUAUAGUCGUUAGUUUUUUUUUUUGGCCUUUGUCAAACUUUUGUUAUAUACAGGAUCAGGUAUCUGAAUGUUGCCCAACACAGCUUCAUGUACUUGUGGAACUUGGUGCUCUUUUUUCUGGGGUUUUGUUAUGAUUUCUGUUUGCUUGCGCAUUAUCGCAUCAAGAAAUCUAUGUUCUGGAA